AAAGAGAAAAUCGAAACAAAACUUGGCAGUUGGCUGUUUCAUUCUUAUCCACAGGUUUCUCACGCGUUCUUUGGUUAUUUGGUAGGCAUUAGCCCGAUCAUCGUCGUCUCCUUCUGCAUCUCUUACCAAAUUACGUAUAAAAGCAAAUCAAAUACAGACUUACAAGAGAGAAAAAACUGAGCAAAGAAGGCCCAAAGGAAAAUGUUUGUGGCUUCCUCUUCAAUCCCGUGCAUCAAAAUCUGUAGCUCUUCUUGCUCUUCUUCAACACCAGCAACUUGCUCUUCCUCCACUUCAUCGUCUUCUUCGUUCAGGUUCUCUGCUACUAAAUCUUCCAUCAUUACUAUAAGGAGUUCCAACGCCGAAGGACCUGUUCGAAGACCCGUUGCUCCUUCUUUGCGACCACCCUCUCCUUCUCUCAAACCCGCUCCUCCAUCUCCGUCUCCGUCCCUGACUCUACCGCCAGCCCCUUCUUCGGCUCCUCCCAAGCCGGUUUCCGUGGCUGGGUCGGAUCCUAAUGUAAUUACUUUGGAGUUUCAGAGACAAAUGGCUAAGGAGCUUCAGGAGUACUUUCGGCAGAAAAAGCUUGAAGAAGCGAACCAGGGACCCUUCUUUGGAUUCAUUGGCAAAAACGAAAUUACAAAUGGAAGAUGGGCAAUGUUUGGUUUUGCUGUUGGGCUGCUAACGGAGUACGCAACUGGCUCAGACUUUGUUGAUCAAGUAAAGAUCCUUCUCUCCAAUUUUGGGAUAGUAGACCUGGAAUAAUUUUUUGUCUGCUAUUGUUAUAGUCAUAUCCAAUGUUUCUUUUGUAACAUUUGAGUGAAUUACCAUGCUGUCUUUAACAAAUUCAAUGUCAUAAAUUGUGUCUUCACUAUUCAUUUUAACUGUAAGAAAGUAUAAGCUCCAUAUUUUACUUCACCAAGUCCUUUUGGAUAUCAGUUGGGUUUCUCUUUUAUGGAAUCUCAGCUACUAUUUCAGUUUGGGGCCUGAUGGAAAUGAAUUGUCAACCGUGACAUCUGUUAUCACAAAUUUGCUGCUA